CGACCAGCCUCCUCUUCCAACGUCACAUUGUGCGAGAGACAAAACCCGGGCGCGCCUGAGCUCACACGCGCACGCACACACGGACGACCCUGUCGCCUCUUCUCUCCUGGCGCUGCCGAGAAAGCCAGCCCUCCCUCCCCUAACUGGGGCACGGAAGCUCAGCAAGCUCAGAGCGCAGCACAGAGCCAACCCAGCAGCCGAAGGAAGCCAGCGCACAAGCCUUCUUUCUCUCCUGCCUGCCCGGCUGAGGCGUCCCAUCCCCCGCCCAGAGCCUCGGUCUUUCCCACCCCACCCAACCCCUCUGGGUUUCACCGCGGACAGAGCCCGGGAGCCGGGUGUGCCCCUGUUUGGAAUCAAGGUUUCAGCACUUCGGACAGCGCCCGGACGCCCCAGCCCCUUUGGGUUGGCGAUGGCGAGCGUUCAGCAAGGCGAGAAGCAGCUUUUUGAGAAGUUCUGGCGAGGAACCUUUAAAGCUGUGGCCACCCCACGUCCUGAGAGCAUCAUUGUCGCCAGUAUCACAGCCCGCAAGCCGCUGCCAAGGACAGAACCUCAGAGCAGCCCCAUUGUCCCCACUCAGGAUGGACCCUCGGAUAAGCUGAGCCAGCAUCUGGCCACUGAGGCUUUGGGGACCAACAGCUGGGACAGAGACAAGACCUGCCGGGAGCUCAGUCCUGCCAGAGCACGCAGUGCCUCCCGCGACAAAGACUUGACGCCACCACCUUCCUCCAGGGGGAAGAAGAAAAAGAAGAAAUCCGCCCGGAAGAAAAGAAGGAGGUCCCCAUCCUAUAGCCCAUCACCCAUCAAGAAAAAGAAGAAGAAAAGUUCCAAGAAACACAAGCGACACAGGUCAUUCUCCAAGAAGAGAAGGCACAGUUCCACCAGCCCAAAAAGCAAACGAAGGGAAGAGAAGAGGCACAAAAAACAAUCGCGAAGCAGGCCCCGAAAAUCUCACCGCCACCGCCAUCACCACUGCCCCUCGCGGUCCCAGAGCUCGGAGUCCCGUUCCUCAAGCUGCGAGAGCAGGCACCGCGGCCGGUCCCACGAGGAAGGGCGGAAGUCCCACCGAAGGCACUCCCGCCGCCGCUCCAAGACCCUCGGCAAGGCCAGCCCCGAGGCCCGGUCCGGCCAGCCACCCAGCCAGCCCCUCCAGAUGCUCAGUCUCCUGCCAGCCAGGGGUGUAAUCACUGGGUCGGGGUCUGCUGCUGACCUCUUUACCAAAACAGCCAGCCCGCUCGCCACAUCCCGAGGACGCUCCCAGGAGUAUGACUCAGGCAAUGACACCUCCUCGCCACCCUCCACGCAAAUCAGCUCAGCCAGAUCGCGGGGUCAGGAGAAAGCGAGCCCCAGUGGGGGCCUAGGCAAGAGCCGGGAUCUCCACAGUGGCAACACCUCUGAUUCAGGGAACUCCUUCACCACCUCCUCACCCCAGAACAAGGGGACCACCUUGGAGAACCUCUCCCCCACCAGCAGGGGCAGAGAGUCAAGGGGAUUUCAGUCACCGUGUCUGGAAUGUGCCGAGGUGAAGAAGUCCGACUUGGUCCCCUCCACAGCUCGGAACUCCCCCAUGAGAGGGUGCUCCCGCAGCUCCUCCUAUGCCAGCACCCGCUCCUCCAGUCACUCCUCCCGCUCCCCAAACCCCAGGGCCUCCCCCAGGUACACCCGGAGCCGAUCCAUCUCCUCUGGGAAAAGGUCCUACUCGCGUUCUCCCAGCUAUUCCUCCAAGUCUGGCAAGAGGAGCCCGCCUAGCAGGAGCUCUCGAGCCCGCCGCAGCCCUAGCUAUUCCCGCUACAGCCCCAGCAGGGAGCGGGACCCCAAGUACAGUGAGGACUCGCAGCAGCGGGAGCGCGAGCGAGCCCGUCGGAGACGUCGGUCCUACUCGCCCAUGCGCAAGCGCCGGAGAGACUCCCCGAGCCACCUGGAGGCGCGCAGGAUAACCAGCGCCCGGAAACGCCCCAUCCCCUACUAUCGACCCAGCCCCUCUUCGUCCAGCGGCCUCAGCAGCACCUCCUCUUGGUACAGCAGCAGCAGCAGCAGCCGCUCUGCCAGCCGCAGCUACUCCCGCAGCCGGAGUCGCAGCCGCAGCCGCAGCCGCAGCCGCAGCCGCAGCCGCAGCCGCAGCCACAGCCGCAGCCACAGCCCCCGGAGCCGGAGCCGGAGUCGGAGUCGGAGUCGGAGCCGGAGCCGGAGCCGGAGCCGGAGCCGGAGCUACAGCUCAGCAGACAGCUACUCCAGCACAAGGCGCUGAGCAGGGGGGCCCUCCCUUGAGGCAGCUGCCUGGGGGCGGGGGCACCUUUAACUCUGCCAUCCUCCCCCACUUCCUGCCCACCCUGCCUUCUCCUUGGUGACAGACAUUGAGGGCUCCUGGACCUGUCCUUCGUGCUUCUCUGGGGAGGAGGAAAAGAAGGUACGGGGGUUUCAGCCUCCACCAGUACCGCCCUGGGGUUCAGCUCAGGCCUGGGCAUAGGGAGAGAACCACCCUCUGUUGGCACAGAAAACCUCAAGGUUUUGUAAGGCGCAGUGGGUCCAUGACUCCAAAGUUUGGGCCUGGCCAGGAAAAUGGAGACGGUUCUGCUAAAUCCACUGCUCCCAGGAUGCAUAUGAAAGCCAGCGGUGAUGCAUCACACCUGCCCGCAGUCUCCCCUCAUUCAGUCUCAGCUGCACGUGGAUGGACCCCUCUCCCGCCAUGGGGGUGGGGGUGGGAGAGAGAUGAGAGGAAACCAAGGGCAAUUCAGUUCCAGGAGAGGGGGUCAGGCCUUGCACCUCCCCAGCCAGGCCAGAGCAAAGGCUAGCAGACUCUUCGAGUCCUAGACGAGGGGACAUAUAUGAGUAGGGGACAGGAAUGUUUCAGUUGGCAGUCAGGGCCUCUGGUCAUGAAUGUAGAAACCAACAGGAAGAGGUCAGUCUGCUGCUCCCAAUAUCUCAGCCGGGUCAGGAGAAGGAGCCCAGUCGUUUCUAGCAGUGGAAGGGCCACCACAUGGCACCCACCAAAUGCCUCCUGGCUGUUCACAGGGACCUUGCAGCCUCACUGAGAAAGGACACAGCGGACAGACGGGACAGCUUGGUCUACAGCCCCACUUCCCAAAUUUGCCUCAGCCCCACAAGCUGGCAUCAACUUAAUUCCAUGGGACCAUCUGCUGAACGCUCCCCAGGGCCAUGGCCAGCUGCCAGUCCCCAGCGCCAGCCAGUCUGGCCUUACCCUCUGGGUGGCGCCUGUCUGCCCCCUCCCCACUGCCCCGACUGCCACACCCUGGAACCUACCCAUUGCAGCUGAGCACCCACCCACCCUCAGCCUAAGCCACCCCCUUUGCCUCUCAGGAAUUUUCCCAGGAUGGGGCACAGUAGCUCAGGUUUUAGGAGAAAAACCCAAACCCAGAGAGUCUGGGGGUCUUGGAGGCUCCAUGGCCUGGGCUCCCAAGGUUUCUUGUCAGCUUGGGGAAGCCCCACCUUUUUUUCUGCCCUCACCCCACCGUCCCCCUGCCAAGGGCUGGGCAGGAAGCGUAAGUGGAUCUCUUAACACAAAAAUACCAGCAGCUGCUUCAGCCACAGAAGGCGCAGAGAACAGGGGUGUGAGGGAGAAGAUCCUUAAAAUAAACUCUUGGGCAUCCCCCUCACCAGCUGACUGGCUUUCCAGAACCUUGUGGGUGAGUUUCAAGUUUGUGGUGGCAACAGCAGCAGGACAGGGCAUGGAGGGCGGGGGCGGGGGACAGUUCUCAGCUCUGGAUACUGGGGCUUUGGGGAAACAGGGACCAAACAUUCUUUAUCCCUCACACCCCAGGGAAAACAUCCUUUUUCUUGGAAGCAGUGACCCUUCCCUCCCCAAUCUUUCCCAUCAUAUCAGUGCGGGGCCAGAAAGUGCCCUAAAACCUCCAAAAGUCCUUUCUCCGCUAGAAGAGAGGAGCAAGGUGGCCCAGGCAGCAGUGGAGGACCAGGCCUUCCCAUGAUGCCCUCUGGCCUGUGCCCCGUCCACCACGACUUAUGGAUGCCACGCUGUCACCAGAGAAGGCCGGGGGGCAGGUGCCCUGGGAGGGCGUGUACAGCAACUGUAAAUAACCCUCUUCCCCGCACGGGCGCCCCGAGUGGACUCCAGCCUCCCCUCAUGGAAACAAAGGCUUCCCGGAGCCACGGAACCUCCUUAGCAGGACAGCAGUGAGAGGUUGAAGCGCCUCCAGUUCAAACUGCCUUCACUCAAGCAACUCUGGGGGACCGUUUUGCCUGGGGCUGCUAAAGCAAACCUUUUAUUUAUUUUAUUUAUGUUUAUUUAUUUAUUUAUAUGAUCUCUCAGUUACCAUUAGCAGUAUUCAACUAUUUAUUUAUUUAUAUGGACAUGUUGUGUGUGAUUGUGUGUUUGUACGUGUGUUGGGGGGAGGGGAGACUUUUAAUGAUUUUUGUGCAUCUCUGCUCUUUGCCCCUCGUGUCUCUAUGGAUGGGAUUUGAAAGGCCGAGUGUGAGGGAGGGAUAUGGCCUUUGCCCUGAAGGCAAGACCCACCAAAACUCUAAGCCCAGGACUUCCUGGAAGUGACCCCGAAACAUUUCAGCCCCAAGGUUCAUUACUCCACCCACCGUGUCAGUGAGGUCCAGGCCUCUGCCCCAGCGCCUGCUCACCAGCUGCCUCACUGAGGUUAUCAGAAAAAUGAGAACAGCCAAGAAGCUUAUGAACUAAAGUACUGAAUUGACACAGUGAAGUCACAGCUUAUGUGGGGGGUGGAGUCUGACGUUAGCAAGGAGGCAAAAGGCAAAAUCACCCAAUGUCUCUUGAUGAGGCUCCAUUAGUCCUUAUUGAAAGAGCUACCUUGUGGUCGGGAGGCCAUGGUGGUUGAAAAUGACACCUGGUUCAACAAACAGGUGGGAUUGCACUUGGAGCUGAUGAGGUGCUCACACCAUGAGAGUAAGGCCAGAAAUGAGGUGACACAGGGAAGAAAAGAUGCACUUCUUGAUUUCACCCUUGCUCCAGGGCAUAGAUUCGUGGGCAGGAGCACUCGCUUGUCUGAGCAUACCUAGUUGGUUUCAUGUAAGUUACUCAGGCUUCUGACUCCUGUAGCUAAUUUCUCCCCAUCCCCCAAGAUGCUGCUCUGUUCCUUGUGUGGUGGACACACGCUGCUUUGUGACGAGGUUAGCAGCCAUCCUGAGAGAGACACACAAACCCAAAACAAAAGUCUUUUUCUGUGAUCUCUUGUUGUCCUGUCAGGAGAGAGCGAGCCAAGCGAUUUCAGAAAUUAAGGGGGGGAAAAGGUAUAAGGAGCAGCCAGAGAUUCCCAGCAAGAAGGUCAUUUUGGAACCCAUCCUGGGAACCAGGACCCAGCUGGAGGUCUUUCCCAGUCCUGCCUCUGACCAACUAGCAGUGCCUUCCUGCUGCUGGCUGGAGACGACGCCUGCCCUUUCCAAAAUCACUAUUCACUGCCUUGAAAUGGCCAGCUUGCCUGGUCUAGCUAUAGGUUUGGUGAGACGUUAUUUCCCUGGCAAUGUGACUUGACCCUGCCCGAGCCGGAGCAACCCAAGCAAGGGAGUCUAUCCCCUGCGCUGGGGGAAGUUUGCAAGAAGCCUGCUUAAAUGCCGCCUGGGGGGAAACACUUGUCCCUCCCUCUCACCUGGUGUGUUUCUCGGGUUUCCUUUAUUGAUUUCUUUUUCCCUCCAAAACUAAAACUCUUGUUGGGGCACUGGCCACCUCGCUUAACCGGAGCCCCCCACCCCUGGCAUCGCUAUUUCUCGGCUUCCUUCACCCUCCUUACCUUGUGUUUCCAGAGAAUGAAGCAGACCACCUGACUGACCCCUGCUCACGGGGAGGACUAAUUUUACUGGCUUGUCGGAAAAGUCAUGACGUAUUUUUUUCUAUGGUUUUCGUUGCAAAAAAGCGUCAUGACUUUUCCGACAACCCAGUAGAAACCAAUAUGGAAAAUGCGAGAGGAGGGUGGUGCCCUUGGACCUUGCUGCUGCAUUCCCUGGAUGAGUGAACCUGGGCAAAUUGCUCCCUUUCUCUGGGCCAAAGUUCACACCUUUGGGAAGUGGAGGAGUUUUUGAGGUACAAUCCAAAAUGUUCACCUGAGGCCUGGUCCAUUCUUCCAAGACAGAGUGAGUUCACUGAGAUGGAAAGCAAAAAAGGAAAACAGCCUCAAACAUUUUUAGGCGGGUCUCGUGCGAGUUCACACCUAAAAGCAAUAUGUGAAUUCCCUCUAGUUAAUUAAGAAAAAAGGUAACUAAUUCAAAGCCACCACCCAGGAACAUUCUUCCAGGUUUGGCUGCAUUCCUAUCGCUACUUCUUCCCUUUCUUUGAAGGAAUGUCCGUCUUUCAGAAGCAAAACAAAAUUAAGAUGUUUGAAAGACACAAGGGUCUCCGCCUUAAAGAACCGACACCCCCUCAUCACUUCAAUUGACUCAGUCCAUCUUCCCAAAAGGCUUUGCUUGAAGAGGCCAAAAUUCGGGAUGCCCCCAAAGGUUUGAAAGCACUUUUUUUUCUUCUCAAGUCUCACUUCCAUUUUUUCUUCUGCUGUAUUCUUUUCCAUGAAUAUCAUGUGUAUGUAUCUUGCCUUGCUUUCCUCCGCAGCUGAAGAAAAAGUUUUCUCAUAAAAAAAAAAUAAAUAAAAAAAACCUAAAAAAUAAAAAAAACCACAGAAUUCCUCAAAACACACGCCCUUCUGCAUUGGCCAACUGAGUUCAGCUUUGGAACGAUGCUAGAUAUAGUGUGAUCAAGUAAUGCUUUCUUUUUCUCACUUAUGUACCAAUGAGCUAAUGAGACGAGAAGCUGUCUUCUCCCCUCUGUCUAUGACUAUUGAUUUUUGUUUUUGUUUUUUUGAGUUUUGUUUUUCAGUGGUGGUUGUUUUGCAUUGUAAAUACCAUGAUGGGGACCCCCCCCCAUCAGAACAUGGCUUAUUUAAUAAUUUAUUUCCCGUUUAUUGAGUGGCACUGGGAGAGGAGAGGGACUCCUUUCCCUGAAUUUCUAUUGGAAAUCGGCCCAUCUGCCAGCCUCGGUAGGGCAGUCUGCAGCAGGGGCGCGUGAUCGCCCAGGUAAUGAGAGCUAGAAUCACGCAGCAAAUUGGAAUUGGCAGAAAUGAAGGCUACAGUCAUACAAAUUAAGCUCAAAUGGAACUAAAACACUGGUUAUCUCCGGGAAAACCUCAUUUCGAUGGAAAUUAAUUGAGGAAGAAAAUGCCUGCGCACGAACCAACUUCUAUUAAAAAGUCACAACUCCUUGAAAAAAGACAGAGAGAGAGAAAGAAGAUUGUAAUUCCUUUUCUCCGGCCAACAAAAGCGAUGCCUCGUCUUCUAAGGAGCUGAGCCAAAGAGAUUAGAACAGCCUUCCUUUGUGGGUCUCUCGCCUGUGUGUGUCUGUCUGAAUGAAAUGGAGCGGGUCUCAGGCCUCAGUCUUAUCAUCUGUAGAAUAGGGUUUGGCCUAAGUGUUCUUGGCAGGGUGGAGGGAGCAGGUUCUAACUCUAAUGCCCGUGAGCGCCAACCAUCAAGACAAAUGGUCCUGCGUUGUGUGUCCUCUCCUAACUGUAGGUUUAAGGGUGUCUCCUAAGCAAGAAAAUAAAAAACGGCAUGGGCUUCAUUUGCAGGGUGAGGUCACAGCAACUGAGUCCUACAGUCAGCUAAGGGGGCCCUCCAGGUGCUGCCCCCUUGAUAACUCUUGUGGCCUGAGGGAAAGCCCUCUAUAUUUCGCUUGAACGUCUCUCCAAACCCAGCCACCCAGAGUCAUCAAAGAAAAGACCAGAAUGGCUUUGCUGUGCCCUGGAUUUCACCGCUGUUUAUUGUGUCAGGCCAUCUUUUGUACACUUGUUCAAACAAACCAGUGACACGGGUCAUGUUGCCAUUUCUCAGAUGAGAAAACUGAGGCCCGGGAAGCGGGGACUGAUGUGCCCAAGCUCCCUUGAGCUCAGAUCUGUCUGACAACAGUGCCCCCACACUGUCUUGGGGAGCUCUUUCUUGCUGUGAGGACUUCUCUGCUUGUGCUGUAUCUUUUCUCCCCCAAUUCCUUUUUCUCAAGCAGUCAUUGACCAAGGACCUAGCAGAACCUACCACAUCAGCCUAGGGGUCUUGGUGCAUCCCAAGACCAUUUCUUCAUGUCAGGGGCUGGAGCUCUCAUCUGGAAAACCCCAAACCAGGGGACCCACCACCAGCCCGGCUCAGCCUUUGUAGCCAGCCUCUGCCCAGAACAGCUACAUCAGAGGGGAGAAGCUCCUGUGUGUCCCCAGCAUCCUGGGACCCUGUCCUCUAUCCAGUGACACGGCGGGCAUGGCUUGUUUGAUUUCUGGUGGUCACAGCUAAAUGAGCCUUCCCAAGGUUUCCAAUCUUCAGCCUGUACGAACCAUGUCUCUGUUCAAAUAAAAGAUCCCAUGGUAUGGAUUUCUCA